UAAUGUCCGCCGUGAUGUGGAUGAUCAUCCGCCGUGCCGGAAUGGUUUUCAUGAUCAUCUCCCUCUCCGCUUUGCUUCUUUAUAAUCCCUCCGGCCCCCUCCGUUUCCUUCGUUUGUCGUCGUCUUGCUCUCGUCCUUUGUGUUCCCAACCUCUUCCUCCGAAAGCCCUUGUGAGGCUCAACCAAGUUCUGAAGAGAGCUUCGAUGAAGAACAACACCGUCGUUCUAACGACGUUGAACAGUGCAUGGGUCACACCCAAUUCGGUGCUCGACAUUUUUCUGACGAGCUUCAAGCUCGGAAACGGCACACGGAGGUUCUUGAGGCAUCUGGUGAUCAUCGCCUUGGACCAGAAGGCGUACAAUCGUUGCCGGAUCGUGCACCGCCAUUGCUUUGCCCUCCGCACCCACGGCGUCGAUUUCCAUGAAGAAGCUUAUUUCAUGACGCCGAAUUACCUGAACAUGAUGUGGCGAAGGAUUGAUUUCUUAAGAAUCAUCCUCGAGCUGGGUUACGAUUUCAUCUUCACGGAUGCUGAUAUCCUGUGGUUCAGGGAUCCAUUUACACGGUUCUUGCCCGACCCCGAUUUCCAAAUAGCUUGCGACUAUUACAAAGGUUCAUCCGACGACGUCGAAAACAACCCUAAUGGCGGAUUCUAUUACGUAAAGUCCAACAACCGGACCAUAGCAUUCUACAGAUUCUGGUUUUCUUCACGUGAAACUUAUCCCAAACAUCACGACCAAGCUGUUCUCGACAAGAUCAAGUCCCAUCCUUACAUCUCGGAGAAAAUCCGGUUGCGGAUCAAGUUCUUGGACACGGCGUACUUCGGCGGUCUCUGCGAACUCAGCAAGGAUUUGAACAAGGUCUGCACCAUGCAUGCGAAUUGCUGCUAUGGGAUGCUUAACAAGCUCAAUGACAUGAAGAUCAUGCUUCAAGAUUGGAGGACUUUCAAUUCGUUGCCGCCUAAACAUCGGAACGUGUCGAUUUUCACGUGGCGAGUCCCUCGGUUCUGCAGAGCAACUGAAGAAGGGAUUCCUGUUCUUAUUCCAGGUUAUAAUGCAACCGUCGCCGGAGAUAUACCGAUGUUCAACGAGAUUGGAAGUUGUAUUGAUGUUUAA